UUCCAUCUCUCGCGCAUAUAGGAAUUAAUACUUAAUUAAGUAAUCAAAGGUUUCAAAUACCUGUGAAGUGCUUCUAGUUCUUCGUUAUCAAUGAUCCAGAUACAACCCCACAGCGAAUCAUGAUCGCCUUCGCGAAUAGUGGCGACAUGUCCUCGCCAUCGGAGACUGUUGUAGUUAAACGUCAAACGAUAACCAAACAGUCGGCCAGGACUAAGUCUUGUGGCGCUAGGGCAACUCAAAUGCAGACGCUCCCGCAACAGAUUACUUCCAAAAGCGAAGUAGAGGAACUUCUUCUCUGGAUCGUGUGAUGAUAACACGGGCAUUUUGAACAGGCUCCGUUUAAUCAAGUGAUUUCCGCAAUGACUCCAACGCUCUGGCGGGGGCAGUGCACUGGCUAGUGCACGCAGAAUUUUGCGAUAAGGCGGAGACGUUAUAGCGGAAUCACAGGAAACUACGGAUCCAGGUUCGACAAAUGCUCCACACGCUCCGACAUGUGCGGACGGGAGUACCUGGUACCUGAUAACGUCUUUCCUACGUAGGAAAGACGUCGACGCUGCCGUAUGCAAUCGAUUUCCGAAGCACCGCAGUGCCACCAGCUGAUCGAAGCGCUCUUUCGGUUUUCAUUGGUUGUUGACGGCACCGCCUUUGUUUACAUAAACCCUACCACAUCAGGAGCGCGAUUACAUAAAUCUUGUCACAUUUUGUUGCCCACAGUUGAAGAUUUUUUUAAACAAUAAUUUUGACAAUGUUUUUAAUUUACAGUUUUCGAUUGUGUUUUUAAUUUGAGACUAACACAGCGGUAUUUGAUUCUUUUGUGUUUUGGGGAUGUCAUGCAAGCUUUACCGUGGCGCGAGUCUGCGUCCUUGAUUUUGGCGUCCGGAACCAGCGCGUUAAAGCUGUUAUGGCUACAGCGCUCCGGUGGACUGUGGGCCAAGAGUCGCGUAUUCGCUGGAGGUGUUGUUGAUGCGUGCGACUUCUCUCCCCGAUGGGAAGAUUGUUUCGCAAAGAAUGCAGCAUCAUUUGACAGCCUUAUCCUUCCUUCUAAUGCAAAUCGACCACCAAUUCUCCAGAGUCGCCCCGGGGAACUGCCACGCGAAAUUGCUCUGCGCAUCACAGCCCUCCGAGAAACUUUCGAAGAAAGCGGAAUAUUAAUUGCCGAACCCAAAAGCAAAAUCCAACAGUUGACCAGCGAACUGGCCGAGUGGCGGAAGAGUGUGACAAAUGACUCGACAAAAUUCCUGGACAUGUGUGAGCAGCUGCACAUUUAUCCUGAUGUGGAAGCGCUGAAAUUGUGGUCCGAUUGGCUAACACCCACCGAUCUGCCGAUCAAACGCUUUGAUACAGUUUUCUUCGUAGCAGAAGGCGAUGAAGGGGUGGAUAUCGAUGUUAACGAAAAGGAAAUGCUCAAUUCGCGCUGGAUGUCUCCUGGCGAGGCGCUGGUGGCCAUGGCCAGCGGGGAAAUCACUCUGCCUCCGCCACAAAUGUACGAAUGUACGCGGCUGAUGCGGUUCAAGUCGGCCAAAGAGCUGGUGGAAUUCGCAGAGAGACGGCAACACUUUGGAGCGAUUCUGUAUCUGCCGGUGAGAAUUCGUUGUGCGGACGGUAUUGUGACCCUUUUCCCAGGUGACGAUGCAUAUCCAUCUAAUCCAGAUUUGUACAAACCUUUACCGCCUGAUGAUCGCACAGUGACCGAACUAAGGAAAGAUGUGAAGAAUCUGCAUCGACUAGAAAGUGACCAUAAAGACACCGUUGUCGAUUUCCACAUGAAUAUAUCUUUAGAUCCGGAACAUUGCGCCCCGGUGAAUUUGUUCAGAAAAUUGGAAAGCUUGGGUGUCCAUGGUUUUUCCGGAACCCCAAGGCUUAAGCCCCAAACGUCUUAACGAAGCCAGUUUUAAUUGACCGACAAUACUUAUUGUUGCGCUCAAACCAGUUUAAUCGAAUGGCAUACUUCUAUGCUAAUAAUUGUAGUACACUAAUUUAUUUUAAAUGUCGCAGUAUUAAAAGAUUUCCUGGAAAGUGCGAAUCUAUGUGGCACUUUGAAGCCAUUUCUGCCAUUGGCUUACCAGCAAGAAAACUUUGAAAAGUUACAAAAUUCUGCUGCUGUGUGAGGGAUUUCCCGAAAAAAGUGUUCGUAGCCAAAAAUACGGGUUUUUU